AUGCAUACCGCAUCAGCUUCAGUAUUUUCAAAUUUGCCAGGAUUAGAUAGAUUCUGUAGUCUCAGUGACAAUGUUAUUCAAUGCAACAUUCAUGUAGUAAAUUUUCUAGAUUUCAGAGACAUUCGGAAACUUUUGUCUGAUCUUUCGGGUACUGCUGUUGUUAUUCUAAAUAUAACAUGCGGAGAUGUUGGUCAGUUACGAUUACCAUGGCCAAUGAAAUCAAGGAAUAUAAACGAACUUUGGGUAGAUGGCUGUCACGUGCAUGGUUUUCAUGAAUUCGAUUUAUCAAUGGCUGAUGUUCCAGAUCGAAUGGUUAAAUUGAAAUUAAAAAAUAGUGUAAUAGAAAGUAGUGUUUUUGAUACGCUUAGCAUUUUUUCUAAGGAAUCUUUCGAUUGUGGACAACAAACUUUAAGUUAUCUGGUAAUGCAAAAUAUCAGUUAUGAACUUAUUUUGGAGCCUAAAGAUAUCACCGGUUUAGAAUCGAAAGGCGUUAUAAUGGACGCUGGAGAUGUUUUGCUGCCGAAUAAGGAGCCAUUAACAAAAAUGUGUAAUUAUAAAGAUCUUGAAAAAAUCGAUAUCAGUAACAGUGUUGAUGGAAUGACAUAUUUUAUUCUUCCUCUACAAAACUCAGAAUUUCCAAAAUUAACACAUUUCAAUAUGUCUAAUAAUAGCCUUUUGUCGUUUCCAGAUUUGAUGAUGAAUUGGGAAGUGACUUUUCCAAAUUUGGAAUCAUUAGAUUUAUCCUCCAAUGAACUGGAUAAUAUAGACUUUAGUUCUAGUACAACUGCAAGCAAAAGACACAAACCACUGUUUAUGAAUUUGAGGAACAAUCUCUUUGUGAACGUUCCGCCUAUAGUAAGUCAACUUCUACAAAGACCCGUCCCUAUACUUGUGGACAUGGGAGAUAAUCCACUGGUGUGUGGCUGUGAUACAUUACUUUAUAAAAAAUAUUUACAGAGUGUCAUUAAAACGUAUCCAAUCAUCGAAAAUCUACAAAAUACAACGUGUUUACAAAAGUCAGGACAGAAAACCAAGAUCUUGGAACUUGAGGUCAAUAAUUGUUAA